AUGGCCGCGGUGCCGGCGGAGCGGGAGCGGCCCCGGCGGCGGGAGGAGCGGGCCGGGGGCACGAAGCGGCGGCGGCGGGAUGAGCCCCCUCAGGAGCCGCCGGAGAGGCCGGGAGAGAGCCCGCGGGAGCCCCCGGCCGAGCCCGGGUACCUGGCGCUGGCCCGCGGGCUGCUGGCCGGCAGCGCCCCGGCCCGCCGCAGCCCGGCGCCCGCCCGGCCCGCCGGGGAACCCGCGGAUGGGGAGCCCGGAGAUGGGGACGAUCUGCUGGGACAGCUGAUCCGAGACCUGAAUGAAAUCAAUGAGGUUCCUUUUUUCGACGUGCAGCUGCCUUACGAGCUGGCACUGAAGAUAUUCCAGUACCUGGGCAAGGCUGAGCUGGGCAGGUGUGCUCAGGUCAGCAGGACAUGGAAAAUCCUUGCAGAAGACAAAGUGUUGUGGUACCGGCUGUGCCAGGAGGAGGGAUACCUGUUGGACAUGAGCAUCUCUGACCAUUCCUGCUGGAAGCUUGCCCUCAAAAACUGCAGAGCCAGAGAGCACAUGCUGAAAACCAACUGGAAGAACCGUGUGGGUGCCGUGAGCCAGCUGCACUACGAGCCCGGCCGCGUCCUGUGCGACGUCCACUGCUGCGAUGGCGUGGUCAUGGCAGGGUACAGCUCAGGGGAGGUGAAGCUGUGGGACACCCGCACCUGGGACUACAGAGCCCCUGUGCUGGCAGCAGUGGCAGGCCCUGGAGGGGCUGGAGCCCUGCCACACGUCUCCUUUGUGAGGAUCAACAGCUCCCUGGCCGUGGCUGCCCACGAGGACGGCACUGUCAGUGUUUGGAGCCUGCUGCUGGGCCAGGAGCCCAUCCAUCACUUCCAGCACAACCAGCACCUCCAGGCGCUGGCGCUGGCCCCGGGCGGCGCCGCCGUGGCCACGGCCUCCGGCUUCCAGGUCAGGCUGGAGAGCCCCGACGACAGAGGAUUCUGGCAAACCCCAGGGACCUUUGAAAUCCAGAAACUGGUCAACUUCCUUAAUCUGGUUCCAGAUGUGACGGGGAACCCGGUGGCAGUGGCAGCUGCAGAGGACAUUGUGUAUCUGCUGAAAGCUGAAGCUCCUGGCAGGAUUCUGCACUCAGUCUAUGGCCAGCCUGUCACCUGCCUUGAUGUGGCUGCUCACGAGGCUGCCUUUGGCAUCAAAACCUUUGGCUGGCUAUUGAAUGAGCCCAACCAGAUCCUCCUUUACAACCUGGAAACAAACCAGUGUGUGACCAAGCUGGGCAACUCCAUGGGUGCCUUCUCAUGUGUCAACCUCCACAGCAGCCCCCCCAACAUGCUGGUGGCAGGCAACAAGGACAGAAGGGUCAGGGUGUUUGACCUGCGCUGUGGCGAGGCCGUGUGCUGCGUGCAGGGGCACCAGCUGGGCGUGUGCUCCGUGCAGAUGGACGAGUGGAAAGUGGUCAGCGGAGGAGAGGAGGGGCUGCUCUGCGUCUGGGACCAGCGCAUGGCCACCAAGCUCUGGGAGAUGCACGCCAGACACCCAGUGCGGCACGUGUGGUUCGACUCCCACAUCCUGAUCACUGCCAACAUCCCCGAGGAGAAGAACCCCCGAGGCUCCAGCAUCACCGAGGACGACCCCAGCUUGCACCGAAAGUACCGAGGGGUGAUUUAUUCCUACGAUUUCUCCGUGGACCAGCUGGCCGUGGACAGCGUCCUCCCCAUCUGCCGCUCCUCCUACGACGAGGUGUCAGGUUACAGCUACAACAUCGGCCUGGCGGUGCCCUACGACAGCAUCUAGGGCCAGGGCACGGCAAAACCCCUGUGGGACACGCACCCGAGAGCUGGGGUGGGCUGCAGAAAGCCCUGGGGUGUGCACCCCAACAGGGCAGGGCUGCCCUGCUGCAGUGUGCCACUCUGGACACGUCCAGAACUCCAGCCUGGGGCAGUGGAGAGGCUGAGAAAGGAAAGGGAGCACUGCAGGGUGAGCAAAAAUAUUCCUGCUGCUUGUGGGAAAGAUGCUGCAGGGAACAUCCUGCUCAGGAAGCCAGAGUGGGACUCUGAAGGGGUGGGAGAUCUGAGUGAGGAGUUCUUGCCUACCCCAAGAGGGAAAAAAUCACCAAGGGUUGGAAAAAGCAUGUGCUGAGGCACAUGUUUGAAAUGUCUGUCCUGGUGUUGAGCUGCUGGUUCUUGUUUUCCUUGGAGAGCAUUGGGAAGUGCCUGGGAACAGCAGGCACAAAAGGUUACAGAGGCUGGGAGAGGGCUUGAGAUGGAGAGAGGGAGGGGAAGGUUCCCUAGGCCAGGCUGGAUGCUUGGCAACUCAGCAGGGCACACACACACACAUCAAAGUUAUUUUAGAACAGUUUAUUUUUUUAAUUCUUUAAAAUCCUGUAUCAGCUGUUUUCUAAUUGUAUGUGUACAUCUGUCAGUGGAAUUUUGUUCCUGAGCCUUUUAGGGUGAGCUGAGCCCUGUUCACUGGGACACAGGGCUGGCUCAGCUUGUCAGGGGUGUUCUUGGCUGGAUCAUGUCCUUGCACAGCACCUGGAGGGCUUGCAGUGCUGUCCUUGCUUCCAAGCUGGGAAUUGGUCAUGGAGCAGAGGGGAUGAGGUGGCCCCAGUGCCCUCCUGGGUGCUGAGCCCCAGAGCUGUGGGGAAGCAG